GACGAAUGAAUGGGUAGCGCAGAUAGUUAGAACACCGGGACACCGGCUGCCAAUCUUCUGCUGUAAUCCUACCCUGAAUGUCACAAGGGCCGAAUCUGACGCACAGAAGAGUUCAUAACAGAUGCUCUCGCUGUGUUUCCACCUCUAUAUCUCUCUGGGACAUAGCCUGCAGAAGCAGCCUGCUGGGUUUGCUUUCACUGUUGGGGCAAUGGAACCUCUGAAUAAGGAGAAGGAGGAUAAUCCGUCAGCCACAGCUAAUCUUCUCUCCAAGAUUUUCUUCUGCUGGCUGAACCCCUUAUUCAGAGUUGGGUACAAGAGGAGACUGGAAGAGGAUGACAUGUACAGAGUUCUCCCAGAGGACGCAUCUCAGCGACUUGGAGAGGAACUACAACGGUUUUGGAAUCAAGAAGUUGAGCAGGCCGUAAAAGAUCUGCGACCACCCAGACUUGCCAGAGCUCUCAUCCACUGUUACUGGAAACCAUACUCAUUAAUUGGGAUGUACAUCUUUAUAGAGGAAUUUAUCAAAGUCAUUCAGCCAGUGCUACUCGGGAAGCUAAUCGAGUUCUUUGAGAGCUACGACACUGCUGAGCCAGCUUCGGUCUCUGAAGCUUACAGCUGUGCUGCAGGCAUUUCAUUGGCCACCAUAGGCCUAGCUCUGCUUCAUCAUGUGUACUUCUACCAAGUCCAGCGGGCUGGCAUGAAGAUUCGUGUGGCCAUGUGCCACAUGAUCUAUCGGAAGGCUCUUUGUCUCAGCAGCUCAGCAAUGGCUGAAACAACCUCAGGGCAGAUUGUGAAUCUCUUAUCCAACGAUGUCAACAAAUUUGAUGAGGUUACCUUAUACUUGCACUUCUUAUGGCUCGGUCCUCUUCAAGCAGUGUCCGUGAUUUUACUGUUGCUGUAUGUUAUCGGACCAUCGUGUCUUGCUGGAAUGGUGAUCCUCUUCAUUCUGAUGCCUGUACAGACCCUGUUUGGACGUUUGUUCUCCAGGCUGAGGGCUGAAACAGCAGCGCUAACAGACGAGCGAAUCUGCACAAUGAGUGAAGUUAUUUCUGGGAUCAGAGUUAUAAAGAUGUACGGGUGGGAGAAGCCUUUUGGCGCACUCGUGGAUGAAGUCAGACGGUGCAGUAGAGUUUGUUUUUCCACUCAAUUUUCUUCAUGGUUUCUUAUGAUAAUGGAAAUCUCCAAGAUCAUGCAAAGCUCUUACCUUCGUGGCCUGAACAUGGCGUCCUUUUUUGUUUCGAGCAAGAUCGUCAUCUUUUUCACCGUCUGCGCUUAUGUGCUCACAGGAAACAGGCUGUCGGCCAGCAAACUGUUCAUGGCCGUUUCCCUCUAUGGGGCAGUCAGACUUACCAUCACGCUCUUUUUCCCCUUCGCCAUAGAAAAGGUCUCGGAGUCUCUCAUCAGCAUCCAGAGGAUACAAAAAUUUCUUCUGCUAAAUGAAGUUGCACCUCAGCAUCUGGGAAUGCCUUUGGCAGACCGGAGGGACUGCAUGGUAAAAAUACAAGAUCUGAAAUGCUACUGGGAUAAGAAUCUCGAAGCACCAACUUUACAGAAUGUGAGUUUCACAGUGAAACCUGAGCAGCUGCUGGCGAUUAUUGGGCCCGUCGGAGCUGGAAAGUCCUCACUCUUGAAUGCCAUACUGGGAGAACUGAGUCAGGAAACUGGUGUGGUCAAAGUCAAAGGAGAGGUGACCUACACAUCCCAGCAGCCGUGGAUUUUACCUGGCACGGUCCGCAGCAACAUUUUGUUUGGCAAUGAGUUCAACCCCAAGAAGUACGAUCGAGUUCUGAGAGCCUGCGCCCUCAAGCGAGACAUGGAUCUUUUGCCUGGUGGUGACUUAGUCAUGGUUGGGGACAGAGGGGUCAACCUCAGUGGAGGACAGAAGGCAAGAGUCAGCCUAGCCAGAGCGGUGUAUCAUGAUGCAGAUGUCUACUUGCUUGAUGACCCUCUUAGUGCAGUGGAUGCUGAAGUGGGCCGGCACCUUUUCGAGGAGUGCAUUUGUGGACUCCUGAGGAAGAAACCGCGUAUUCUUGUAACUCAUCAGCUGCAGUAUCUAAAGGCUGCAGAUCAGAUUGUGGUCUUAAAGGAGGGCCAGAUGGUUGCAAAAGGGACCUACAGUGAGCUGCAAUGCUCUGGCAUAGACUUCACCUCCCUUCUCAAGGAAGACCAGGAUGAGGAGAGGCAGGACAUGACCCCACUGCCUGGAACUGGCUCUUCCUUCCACUACACCCUCUCUGACAACUCCUCCAUGUCGUCCCUUUCCUCCUCUCGUUACUCUCUGGUCGACGGAGGAGGAGAUCCCCUGACUUUGGCAGUGCAGCCGAUAGAGGAGGAAAGUCGCGUGGAAGGAAAUGUCGGCCUGAGCAUGUAUGUGAAAUAUUUCCUGGCAGGCGCCAACCUCCUGGUCCUCUUGCUUCUCAUUUUACUCAAUGGAUUUGCUCACAUUACAUUUGUUCUUCAGGACUGGUGGCUUGCACACUGGGCCUCUGAACAGAAGUACAYCRGUGUGACUGAGCACCUCAAUGGCAGCUUCCCUCAGCAUCUGGACCUUGACCUGUACCUAGGCAUUUACGCAGCUUUAACAGCCACCUCAGUUGUGUUGGGCUUCAUUCGCAGUUUGGUUUUCUUCAAUGUCCUGGUGAAGUCUGCACAAACCCUUCACAACAACAUGUUCAGGGCCAUUCUACGGACUUCCAUCCACUUUUUUGAUACCAACCCAACCGGGAGAAUUCUCAACAGGUUUUCAAAAGACAUUGGCUACUUAGACUCUCUUCUUCCGUGGACGUUUGUGGACUUUACCCAGGUGUUUCUGCAAGUCAUCGGAGUUAUUGCGGUGGCCGGCGUCAUUAUCCCCGGGAUUCUUAUUCCCGUCGUCCCUCUACUCGCCGUCUUCCUUUUUCUGCGACACUAUUUUCUGCAGACCUCCAGGGACAUCAAGCGCCUGGAGUCUACAACUCGGAGUCCUGUUUUCUCCCACCUUUCUUCCUCUCUCCAAGGCCUGAGCACCAUUCGUGCCUUGAGAGUUCAACAUCAGUUUCAGCAAAUGUUUGACAAAUAUCAAGAUCUUCAUUCAGAAGCCUGGUUCCUCUUCCUGACCACUUCACGCUGGUUUGCUGUGCGUCUUGAUGGAAUUUGUUGUAUUUUUGUCACGAUUACAGCUUUUGGCUGCCUCUACUUCAGGGAUGGACUGGAGCCAGGUGCUGUGGGUCUGGCUCUGUCAUAUGCCGUUACUCUCACAGGCAUGUUUCAGUGGGGAGUCAGACAGAGUGCAGAGAUUGAGAACCUGAUGACAUCUGUGGAGAGAGUGGUUGAGUAUGCRGAGCUGGAGAGCGAAGCACCUUGGGAGACGGACAAACGGCCUCCUGGAGACUGGCCCCAGAAGGGCUCCAUCACCUUUGACAGCGUUAGCUUUUCUUACAGCGACAGCUCCGCUUUGGUCCUAAAGAACCUGAGUUUUGUCUUCACAUCCAGAGAAAAGGUUGGGAUUGUUGGACGCACSGGUGCUGGUAAAAGCUCCCUCAUCUCUGCUAUGUUCAGACUGGCAGAACCUGAGGGAAGAAUAACAAUUGACGGCAUUCUGACUUCAGAGAUCGGUUUGCACACGCUGCGCCAGAAAAUGUCAAUUAUCCCUCAGGACCCGGUACUCUUCACGGGCACCAUGAGGAAGAAUCUGGACCCUUUCAASCAGCACACAGAUGAGGACCUGUGGAAUGCACUCCAAGAGGUGCAGAUGAAGGCAGUGGUGGAGGAGCUGCCCAACAAGCUGGAAACGGUGCUGACCGAGUCGGGCUCCAAUUUCAGCAUGGGCCAGAGACAGUUGGUGUGUCUGGCCAGGGCCAUCCUCAGGGAAAACCGCAUCCUCAUUAUUGAUGAAGCCACAGCAAAUGUAGACCCAAGAACUGACAGCCUGAUCCAGCAGACUAUCCGGAACAAGUUUCAAGAGUGCACUGUCCUCACCAUUGCUCACAGGCUCAACACUAUCAUUGACUGUGACAGAAUACUGGUUCUGGAUGCCGGCAGGAUCCAGGAGUACGACGAGCCGUACGUCCUGCUCCAGAACCGGGACGGGCUCUUCUACCAGAUGGUCCAAAAAACGGGCAAAGCCGAAGCCGCGUCACUGCUGCAAGUGGCCAAGCAGGUUCACGCGAACAGAAAAGGAGAGAGCGACACGCGGCGCACCAAGGACAUCAGUGUCAUCUUUGAGACGUCGCUUUGACGGCUUGGAGAGUUUCUGUGGUCCUUUUCGUGCUGAACAACAGAGACCAAAUCUUUCCCCAGAUAUGCUUGGAUUCCUUGAUGUGCACACAAAAUGCCUUCAGACUCCCGAAAGGCAUUAUAGGUUUAGUGUGCACUGCAUUGAUCGGCAAAGACUUUUGGCCUGGAACAGAGAAGUUUUGUGAAGCAGGCCGUGCCUUUUAUUGACCGCAUAUAGCCGGGUGACUGUUUAUUGAUUACCUGCUGCUGUGUUUAUGAAUGUAUGUUCUGUCCUCCUGGGUAACUUCUACUUUGCACAUGUGAUUAAUAGAAGGGAAGAUAUUGAAUAUGUUUAUUGCAGUUUAAUAAAUUCUAAUAUUCCGUGGAAGAGGAAAUAAUUUUUGUUAGACUUUUUAUUAUUUGGAAAGACAGAAAAUCCCUAGCCAGGAGCCAGUGGUGUUUGGGGUAAUUUGUGCCUUCAUCAGACUAUUGAUUGUUAGUAAUUGCAUUGUUUUAAUUGAACGGUUUUCCUGCACUUUGAYUCUAGUGGUUUUAUGUCUACCUAAACUCUGGCAUGUAGCAACAUUUGGCUGAAAUAAUUGACCAAACUGGGUGUUGGUCAUUUUGCCCCUUCUGUAUUUUGUAUUGUUUUAUUUUAUUAUCUUUCUUUAWAAUUGACAAACAGAACAAACCAAAAGAAAUAAUCAGUUGCRCAYUGAUUAAGUAAGAAAAGCACAAAAGCAGGAUGAUGUGAAAUGGCAAUGAGUGAGCACACAAUUGGUGAACAAACUGGGAUUAACUGAGCCCAGUUUCAAUGGCUCURAAGACUUAGCUACAAUGUUUCCCUGYUUUUGUUUUGCUUUCUUAAAUUAACUGUUGUAGAGCUUUUAUUASAUGUUCUGAUGCAGGUUUUGGGGGAUUUUGAUUCAGUACUGAUAUUGAUACUUCAAUCUGAUUUCAAAUAUCCCUCAAUACUGAUGUCUUUCACUCCAGAACACUACUUUUGCAAACAAUCGAUGUUGUUUUUGGUCAUGUUAUUGUAUAGACUAACAUGAAUAAACCACUAAGAUAUAUUGCUGUA